AUACUGAUCAGUCGGCUGAUUUCACUUUCAAUUCUUUAGAAAGAAUUCCCACAGCUUUUCCAUUUUGAAACUGAAACUUGUAGAAGUGUACACUUAAAGUUUUCUGAAUAUAAACUUUCACAUGAAAUUGCCCUUGCAGUAUGUCAAAAAUGUAAAUAAAUUGAUUAAUGUUUAUUCAGCUUUACGGUAAGAAAUUCACACAGAUGGAUCUUUGGUCAAGAUAUAACUUGAAGAUGAAAGUGAUACAUCGUCAUUUCUUAGUCUUUAAACGACCCUCAAAUUGUUUGUAAAAGAGCGAAAGCUUAUAAAUAGGCUGCAGAAACUGCGCAGCACUGCCAUAAUACAACAGGUUAUCACAAGAGCAAGCGACCCAACAUGGAGCUUCCAACUAACACAUCGGUUAGUUAUCUCAACGGGACAUUGUACACGUACCCCGAGUUGAUCUUCUUUUCCGUUGGGUUCUCUAUCUUGAUAGUCCUGGCAAUCGGCGGUAACAGCCUGGUGUUGGUUGCCGUGGUCCGUACCAAGAAACUCCAAAACGUCACCAACGUGUUCGUGGUCAACCUGAGCGUGGCUGAUACCUUGUCUAGUUUUGGUUUUCUCUGGAGCGUGCCGGGUAUGGCGAGUACCACACCGGGCUACCCGUUGGAGUCCGAUGGUCCGUGCGUUGCAGCGGGCGGCCUUCUGUUAAUUGCUGUAGGAUGCAGCGUGAGCACCCUUGGAAACAUCGCUCUGAACCGAUGCAUCCUGAUCACCAGGCCUAAGGAGACCUACCAGUGGCUGUACACACCCAAGAAGAUUGCCCUGAUGGUCUUGGUGUCCUGGCUCAUUCCCUUCUGUGCCAUCGUGGUGCCGCCGCUUUGCGGAGUCGGAGAUCUCGGUUUCGAUCCAGAAAGUCGCACCUGCAAUGACGUGGACCCCCACCCAAGGGCAGCUUCCUACGACAAGGUUCAGUUUGCGUGCAUUUUUCCUGUCCCACUCCUCGUUGUCAUCGUCUCUUACAUCCUGAUCUGGCGACACGUCAAGCGACACUUCAGGAAUCUUCGUAAUAACACCAUCAAUCUGCAGUCAACAACCAAACCCUCGGAAUCCGGGUCUACUUCAAAGCCAGACCUUUCUAAUAACGCCCUCAGUAUCUCCCAUAAGAAUCUCGUCGAGUCGUCUCCAAGACAUAUAAGCGGGAGUUCAGAUCAUCUGAGCCGCAUGAGGAACGAUCAGCUGGCAAUCACCAAGAAUCUCUUCGUGGUAGUCUUAGCCUUCUUGGUUUGUUUCUCUCCGUUUGCCCUCAUGAUAAUCACGAAGAGCAGCCGGUAUUACCUAUACGGCGCAUUGAUCCUUUUCUUUAACGGCUGCAUCAACCCUCUCAUCUAUGCCGCUAAGCAUCCGCAUUUCAGGCCGGUCUUGCGAUCCAUGGUCCGAUGCAGAUGUUCCGCAUAG